AUGGCAAGCUAUGAGGGAUUUGUUCUGUUCUCUCUCCUAUUCUCCUUCAUUCCCAUGAUCAUUUCCCUGAGGAGUAUCACUCCAGACAUAUCCAUCCAUUACAAUGAGACCCUGGUUUCUGCAGCUGGAACUUUUGAAGCUGGAUUCUUCAGCUUGAGGAAUUCACAAAGCCUAUACUUUUGUAUAUGGUACAAGAACUUAACACCUAGGACAAUUGUAUGGGUAGCCAACAGAGAUACCCCACUUGAUAAUAACCCAACAGCAAUUUUCAAAGUCACUGAUGGAGGAAAUCCAAUUAUACUUUAUGGUUCUGGGACCAUAGUCUGGUCCUCCAAUGCUUCAAUCACUGUACAGAUGCCAGUUCUAUUGCUCUUAGACACAGGAAACCUUGUUGUACAAAAUGGAAGUAGCACUGGGAACAUUGUGUGGCAAAGUUUUGAUUAUCCUGGUGACACUUUACUCCCAGGGAUGAUACUUCAUCUUAAUAGAGUUAGUGGUGUGUAUAAUUCUCUGACAUCUUGGAAAAACACAGGAGAUCCAUCAAGAGGUGAUUUUUCAUACCACUUAGUUGGUCAUGGUUUUCCUCAGCUAGUUAUUUCGAAAGGAUCAACAUUAUUAUACAGACUAGGCUCUUGGAAUGGGUUUUUCUUCAGUGGGAUUCCUUGGGAAACACUUUAUAGUUACUUUACUUUCUCUUUUGUGUUAACUGAGCAGGAAGUUCAUUUUCACUAUGAACCCUUAAAUAGUUCAAUCGUUUCAAGAUACAUGAUCACACCAACAGGUGCUGUGCAACGUUUCCUGUGGUCAUAUCAGACAGAAACCUGGCAACUUUUCCUAUCUGGCCCUGUGGAUCAGUGUGAUAAUUAUGCCUUUUGUGGUGCAAACUCUGAAUGCAAUGUUAAUAACUCUCCACAAUGUGAAUGCCUCACAGGUUACACACCCAAAUCUCCAGAAAAAUGGAAUUCAUUAGAUAGGACUGAUGGGUGUGUUCGGAAGGUAAAUUUGGAUUGUGAUAAUAGAGAUGGAUUUCUUAAGUAUACAGGAAUGAAGUUGCCAGACACAUCUUCCUCCUGGUUAGAUAAGAACAUGACUCUUCAAGAAUGUGAGAUACAAUGCUUAAAAAACUGCAGUUGUAUAGCCUAUUCAAAUUUAGAUAUUAGAGAUGGUGGAAGUGGUUGCAUGAUUUGGUUUAAUAACAUCAUGGACAUGAGGAAAGAAAACUCUGAAGGGCAAGAGAUUCACAUAAGAGUGGCUGCUUCAGAAUUAGAUAAUUCAAAGAAUAACUCAAACAAGAAAAAGCUAGCAGGGAUUCUGGGAGGAGUUGGGACACUCAUCUUGGGCAUCACAAUAGCUGGAUAUGUCUUGUAUCUGAAGAGGAAGAAACUUAGGAAGUCAGGUAAGGACACAGUAAUAAACAAGGAGGAUGAUAUUGAGAAAUAUGAGAAGGAAAACAUUGACUUGCCAACGUUUGAUUUUUCAACCAUUUCUAAUGCUACUGAUCAGUUCUCCCCCAGUAACAUAUUGGGAGAAGGUGGAUAUGGACCAGUUUACAAGGGUGAACUAAAUGGGAGAGAGAUUGCUGUCAAGCGGCUUUCCUUGAAAUCUGGACAAGGACCACAAGAAUUCAAAAAUGAAGUUUUGUUGAUUGCCAAUCUUCAGCAUAGAAAUCUUGUGAAGCUUCUCGGUUGUUGCAUUCAGAGUGAUGAAAGAAUCCUAAUCUAUGAAUACAUGCCUAAUAGAAGUUUGGACAAAUUCAUUUUUGAUCACAUAAGAAGCAAAGAAUUGGAUUGGAAUAAACGUUUACAUAUCAUAAGUGGGAUUGCUCGAGGGCUUGUGUAUCUUCAUCAAGAUUCUAGACUAAGGAUCAUCCACAGAGAUCUAAAAACCAGUAAUAUUCUUCUAGAUAAUGAUAUGAACCCAAAAAUAUCAGACUUUGGAUUGGCUAGAGCUUUUGGUGGUGAUCAUGCUGAGGCCAAUACAAUAAGAGUAGUGGGAACUCAUGGCUAUAUGCCCCCUGAGUAUGCAGUGUAUGGAUCUUUUUCGGUGAAGACUGAUGUAUUUAGCUUCGGUGUUAUUGUUCUGGAGAUGAUUAGUGGGAGGAAGAACAGAGAAUUUUUUGACACACAACAUAAUCUUAACCUUCUUGGAUAUGCAUGGAGAUUGUGGAGUGAGGACAGACCAUUGGGGCUGAUAGCAGAUACCCUUAGUGAUUCAGUUAUUGAGGUUGAGGCAUUAAGAUGUAUCCAGAUAGGGUUGCUGUGUGUGCAAGAGAGACAAGAUGAUAGGCCAGACAUGUCAUCUGUUGUUCUAAUGUUGAAUGGUGAGAGAGCAUUACCUAAUCCAAGACAACCCGGGUUUUAUCCACAUGAAGUUGUCUCUUCCUCAAGUAAACAUGAACUGUCUUCAACAAAUGAAGUUUCCAUUUCAUUGUUACAGCCAAGAUAG